AAAAUUUGAAAAAGGAUCUUCUUUUUGGCUCGGACCUCACAAUCACAUGCGUCAAUCAAGAGGUGAUUGGUGUUGUAUUAUCUGAUUUCUUUUGAUCUUUGAUUGUUUGUUGGAUCAUCUCAAGAUGUGAGUUUGAGAGGUGGGAACCACUGAUUUGGGGGAUUUUGGUGUUGGAUUCUGAAAAAGUCUGGUUCUUGUUGAGUUUUGUGUGAAUUUGAUUGUUUUUGUUUGGGAUUGGUGGAAAGGUAGCUGCUUUGUUGUGUUCUUUGUGGUUUGGUGUUGAUGUUGAUUGGAAUUGGGGGUGUUAUGAGUGAGUGCAAAUGGAGGGUGAGUGUUGGUGAGGUUUGGUAUGGUUGAGGCUGUGAGAUGGACCGGAGAAGUUGGUUGUGGCGGCGCAAGUCAUCGGAGAAGAGCCCCGGUGAGACCGAGAGCUCUGGAUCCAUUUCAUCGGAGAGAUAUUCUGAUGAUCAUCAGGAGAAUUUAAGGGCUUCUCCAAACAAUGCUUCCCCGAAUAGUGUUCAGUCACUGGAGGUGUCAUCAAAGGUUGAUAAUAAUGAAGUUCAUGAAACUAUGAAGAGUUUGACUGAAAAACUCUCAGCUGCUCUUCUGAGCAUCAAUGCGAAAGAUGAUCUGGUGAAACAACAUGCUAAAGUUGCAGAAGAAGCUGUUUCAGGUUGGGAGAAGGCGGAACUUGAAGUUGUGGCACUAAAGCAACAACUUGAAGCUGCAGCCAAAAAGAACUCAGCACUUGAAGAUAGAGUAGGACAUCUUGAUGGAGCUCUCAAGGAAUGUGUAAGAGAAUUAAGGGUUUCUAGAGAGGAGCAAGAGCAAAAGAUUCAAGAUGCCAUCGUUAAGAAAGCCCAGGACUGGGAGGUUGAGAAAUCUGAGUUUGAGGGCCAAUUAAGUGAGCUCCGCACACAGCUGGAAGCUGCAAAAGCUGAAGUUGCCUCUUCUGUUGAUCAUGACCUUCAAUCAAAACUUGAAGCUUCUGAGACCAAAAAUUCAGCUCUUAAAGAUGUCUGGCUAGCGCAAUCUAAGAAUCUAAAGACGAGAACUUUAGAGCGGGAUUUGAGUAUUCAAGCAGCUGAAACUGCGAGCAAACAACUCUUGGAGAGCAUAAAAAAGGUUGCCAAACUUGAAGCUGAAUGCCGGAGGCUACGGUGUGUUGAACGCAAGACACCACUCGCAAAUGAUCGUCGAAUGGGCAGCUCAAUUUGCAUGGAAUCUGUAACAGAUAGCCAAUCUGACAGCGGAGAGCAGUUGCUAGGUUUGGAAAAUGAAGGAAGUUGUUCAGGUUCAUGGGCAACCGCUCUUAUUGCUGAGCUCGAUCAAUUCAAGAGUAACAAGGUUGGUACGAGAAGCCUCGCCACUUCUGUAGAGAUUGAACUAAUGGAUGAUUUCCUUGAGAUGGAGCGGCUUGUUGGUUUACCAGAAGCUGAUUCAAGUGAAGGAAAUUCAAAAGUUGAAACUCAACUUAUGCAUCAGCAAAUUACUGACUUGGUAGCAAAGAUUGAAAAGAUGGAAAACAAGAAGGCUGAAUUGGAGGUGGCUUUGACUGGCACUCGGAAACAGCUCGAUUCUUCAACCAAUCAGAUGAGAGCAGCUGAGGCUAAAAUAACUGAAUUGCAAAGGCAGCUGGACUUAGCAGACAGAGCCAAGCAACUUUCCAUGAUACAAUUAAUAGAUGCUGAGGAAAAGAGAAAAGCAUUGGAAUCUCAAUUUGAGUUAGCACAAUCACAAGUUAAUGAGCUAUCCGGCAAACUCUCCCAAUUGGAAGCUAAUGUUGAUGAGGAGAGGGCAUUGUCAGCAGAACUCACAGCUAAAUUAGACGCAGCUGAUGAAGCUAAACAGGUUCUGGAAUCUCAGCUGCUUGAUAAGAUCAGUAUCUUAGAAGGAGAAAUUGAAGAGAAGAAGGCGAAGUCUGCUGAAUAUACUGCUAGUGCAGGGGCUCUAGAGGCAGCAAAAAAAGAAUUAGAAGCAUCGAAAAAAGAAUUGGAGAUUCAACUUGAGUCGACAAAACUGGAAGUCAGGAAACUGCACGUUAAGGUGACCAUGUUGGAGCAGGAAAUUAAGGAGGAGAGAAUUUUAUCAGCAGAAUCUAUUGCCAAAUUAGAAAAUGCAGAAGCAGAUAGAAAAACAGCAGAAAACCAGCUUGAGGUAGCUCAGCAGGAAGUUGGAAAAUUGCAUGACAAAAUAACUUCACUGGAAAAGAAAAUUGACGAUGAGAGAUCAUCAUGUGAAGCAUUAGUCACCAAAUGUCAGAACUUGGAAGAUGAAUUGUCCAGUAGAAAGCGAGAAACUGAGUUCCGGCGUGCCAGAAGCUCUAACGAAGAGAUGAAGCUAAAACAGGAGAAAGAUUUUGCAAUGGCUGCUGGAAAACUUGCAGAGUGCCAAAAAACGAUUGCUUCACUCAACCGCCAUUUACAACUACUAACGGCCUUAGAUGAUCUCAUGCUUGAAUCAGAGAUGCCUGAACUCAAUGAUAGAUUACCUGAUCUUAGAACUGAAGAUGGUAAAGAAUUAAGCAACAGUGAUUCUUCAGCAGAUACUGAAAAUUCUACAGUGCCAAAUGGAAAAACUGAAGGAACUACACCAUGCUUGGUCCCAAGACUCCCAACUUCGCCAGUUGCAUUUGCAUGAAUUUGAAAAAUAUCCAAACAAUGUUUAUAGAAAACCAAUAAUCAGCGUAUUUCUGAUUUGCUGAUUUUUUCA